AUCCCCUGGCAGGGGCCAUCACUGACUCAUAACUGACACAUUGUUGAUGGCCCUGGCAACCGUAACCAGGGGACCGGCUGUGUUAGGGGACCCCAGCAUCCCCAGGCCAGUGCGGCUGCAGCAGUGGCUGAGUGCAUGGUGUGCACCCGGCAUCCCUGCGUGCUCAGCAGCCUUCAUACGAGGGGAGAGGCCCUGCACCGUGUCCAGGGCCUCCUGUGGAAGAGGAAAGAGCCUUCGAGUACCCGAGGGCCACGGGCUGUGCCCCGGGCCAGCCACAGGAUGGAGGCGAGAGACCCCCGCCAACCCAGGCUGGCCUGGGUGGAGGAGGACGAAGCUGGCCCGGCUCCCAGCUCCGGGCUGAAGUGCAAGGAGAUGCGUAAGGGUUCAUGCAUCUCAACCGUGCACAUGUCCAGCGAGGAAAAGAGCAUCCUCAAAACCAUCAAGGAGUCCAUCAGGAGCAGACCGAAGGUAUCCACGGCCACUUCCAUGCGGCUGCGCCUCUGUCUCCUGCACGGUCUUUGUGCCCCCGUCCCGUACUCAGAAGGUGCUGGGGGCUCUUAUGGACCCCAUCAGUCUCUCCCGCCUGACAAUGUCCAUCUGGCACCCCCCUGCCUGGCAGCAAGAAGACCAGAAGCUGAAGUUUCUGGAUGCCGUCUGCACCAUCUGCACCACCAGCAGCAAGCACUCCUUCCUGUGGGGCACGCUGCUGCUCUUAAAGCCUGAGCUGGCGGAGAGCCUCGAGGUGCUGCUGCAAGAGGAGCCCGUUGAUCGCCUGGACACCACGGUGCGGCAGCAAGUCAUGCUGACCAUCGCUGCCAUGAGCAGAGCGGAGCUGCUUCUGGAGGACAAGAACAGCCUCCUGGAAGCCUGCUUCUGCAGCAUCUUCCAGCUGCCUCCGCAGGACAGCCAGGGCCCCGGGGCUUGGCUCUAUGACAAGACCCUGUCUGCGAUGGACAGCAUGUUACAGGUGCUGGUGUGCAGCGCCAGAACCCUCGGCAUCCGGGAGCUGAAGAACAUCUUCAAGCUCCUGCUGCCCUUCAUCAGUUCGGAGGUGGCCGUGGUGCAGGAGAGGGCCGUGGCAUGCACUGCCCGGCUGGCCAGAUGCUUCAGCACCAAACCCCUGCCACAGCUCUGCUCCUGCUCUGUGCGAGUCCCAAAGCUCCAGUGUCAGUGCUGGAAGACUGUGGUGAUGGGGAAGCUGGUGGGGCACCUCACCCUCUGCUGCACCCACAAGGACACGGGCACCUGCCUUGCGGCUGCGGAAGCUCUCUUUAUGAUGCAUCCCUUCACCCUAAGCAGGUACCCCUGUCUGCUGAAGAGAAGGCAGCAGCAGCACCAGCAGAGCUGGGAACAGACGCACAGCCUGAAGAUGUUGAGAACCAGCGACACGAGGCACAUGUUCUCGAUGUUCACAAAGCACCUCCAGCCCUCCGAGAGGACAGAUAUCAUCCUCGUGGCCAUAAAGACCUUGGCAAAUCCAGGGGUCUACAGCGUCAGCACGGCUGCCCACAUGCUGGACAUCCUUGUGCCAGACACUAGCUUCCGCACAGGGCAGGUGAGCGGGCUGUGGUGGCACUGA